UCCCCCCCUUAACUCUGGGCCACAGCGCGAGCGUUGGAGCUGUUCCUGGAGUCCUUACUGAAGACAGCCUGCCACGUCACCCAGUCCAGGAACGCCAAGACCAUGACAACGUCUCACCUGAAGCAAUGCAUAGAGCAGGAGCAGCAGUUUGACUUCCUGAAGGAUCUCGUAGCUUCGGUACCUGACAUGCAAGGGGAUGCCGAGGACAACCACAUGGAAGGAGAAAAGGUUUCCAGGAGGGGCCGGAAACCUGGCAGCGGGCGAAGGAAUGGUGGCACGGCAGGAAAGGGAAAGGAUCCGAAGCAAUCCGGCACAGAUUCGGAGCAAGACGAUGACUCAGAAGACAGCGAGAGCAACGGAGAAGAGGAAGUCUUCCAAAAUAUCCCCUCUACGCAACCAGCUACACAUCUCUCUCCAACCCCGGCAUCUUAUCUACAUUUUACCCCCCCUCCGGUAUCCGCCGUCUCCUUGCCUGUACCGGCACCAACAGGAGCUGUCCCGGUUGCACUACCACCCACGUCACUCACGCCAGUCCAGGCAGAUGAAGAGGAAGAUUAUGAUUCUUAGCCCCCAGUUCCGUUUUCACUGCUGCCAUUUGGGGGGUGGGAGGGAGGGAGGGGAAAUACAGGG